AGAACACACAGCAAAAGUUGAGAGCUUCUCCUGCCGAUUGCGCCCCAACUCUUUUGCGACUAUGGAUUGUCCGUUGUUUUGGAUUUGAAAGUUAUAAACUUAUAAUCGGUGUUGUUUUUGGUUUGUUCUUGGUCAGAUUCUAGCCUAAUAUCGAUUUGGUUUUUGAAUGAUGAAGGAUGGCCAAAAACUAAGAAAACGACGAGCUGAAUCGCGAUUUUACUGUUCACAGAAUAAUCGAUUUUAGUUCUAGCAAGAUUAGCGUUUUACUCAGGGUGUGCUUGGUGUUCGUCAUUCUCAGCCGCUCCUCUACACCCUGUGCUUGAGCGGGGUGAGGUUGAGCGGUGGUGUUCAUCACCUUUGUCGUUGAAACUGUCUAUGGCGAGAAAGAAGCAGGUUGAGCCAACUACAGUACGGAAUACCAGGUCCAGGUUUGCUCUACUACUCCUAAUUUAUGGGAAUAGCGUGAAGAAAACGACUUCACAUGAGGCAGAGACCUCCGGGCCAGGUGCUGUCACAUCUCCUGCAGGUUCAGGUGCUUUCAGCGUGAAGAGGACUGCUACUCAGGUAGAAACCUCCUCUAAUGCAGGACUGACACAUAAAUGUGGGAGUAUCAUCACCCCAUUGAUCUCCCAGGCCAGAAUCCUGGGAAGGCUAUGAAACCAGUAACUGCAAAACAGAAUGAUGGUGAAACUGGUGCUGGGCACGUUACUGAGAAGGCCAUUUCUGUGGUAGAGAUUCCUGGAACUAAACCAUGGAACUCAUUGUUCAAGGAUAAUCCGGAUCCAACACAUGGCAUUAAAUUGACAUAUGUCCAGCCUAAAGCUGAAACAUUGGAUUUUGUUAAUCGAAAAUUACGUUCUAUGAUUGAAAUGUGGAGCUAUUGUCUUGUUGGACACUUCACGGGAAGAUUUCCCGGACUCAAAGCGAUUCAUGAUUUGAAGGCAACAUGGGGCGUGAAAUGCCUUGUGAGAUCCCAUGAAAAGGGUUGGAUUAUCUUUAAAUUCCAAAGUGAAGGGGACAGAUCUAAGGUGGUACAUGAAGGACCUUACAUUGUUUUUGGGAAACUUCUAAUGCUCAAGGAGCUUUCAGAAGAUUUCUCGUUUGAGGAUGCGGAAUUUCUGAAGGUAUCAAUUUGGAUCAAGUUCCCUAAACUACCAAUGAAGCUAUAGAAUGACGAGGCUAUGAGCGAGGUGGCAUCUAUGUUUGGGGUCCCAAUAACUACGGACAAGAUCACCCAAGAGAGGACUAGUAAUGACUAUGCUAGAGUGUUAAUAGAGGUCGAUGUUUCAAAGCCACCACCACUAUCCUUUCCUAUACGACUACCUUCUCGAAAAAUAUUCAAAACAAAGUGUGUUCUAUGAAACUUUU